UAAAUUACAAAUCAGUGGUUAGUUAGCCGGGAUCGUGCUCGAAGCUUCUCCGGAUUUUCUAUUCCACAAAAUUACUUUACUUCAAUAUUGUGAAAACUAACAAAAUAAAAAUAUAAUUAGUGAUGAUAGAUUUCAUCGCAGGAUGCCUCGGAGAAAAUUUUGAUUAGGGAGUGCGGGCCUCAUUGUUGGAUAUCCACUGGAUACAAUCAAAGUGCACCUGCAAGUUCAGAACACAAAAAAUCCUACUUAUCGAGGAACAUGGCACUGUUUUCAAUCAAUUCUUCACAAAGAAUCGAUUCACGGACUUUACCGAGGAAUGUCAUCCCCACUAGCCGGCGUAGCGGCGUUAAACGCGAUAGUCUUUGGAGUGUACGCGCAAGCGCAGAAGCACAUCAUAAAGGACCCAAACAACCUAACCUCGCAUUUCUUCGCAGGCGCUCUAGCAGGUCUUGCGCAGGCUCCAAUAAUAUGUCCGCUAGAAUUAGCAAAAAUGCGACUGCAGCUUCAAGAAAAUUCAGUAAAGUCUCCAAAAAAAAUCUAUUCUGGACCCAUAACCUGCAUGAUAGAUAUCUUACGGCAAAAAGGGAUCAGGGGAGUAUUCACGGGGUUUUGGGUGACUGUAGUAAGGGAAGUACCGAGCUUAGGGCUCUAUUUUUCUACCUACGAACUCUUAACUCGCAAUAUUUACUUCAACUUCGCAAACAAAAACGAAAUAACGACCUUCCACAUGCUAAUGGCGGGCGGAUUUGCGGGGAUUGGGUCCUGGUUGUUCACCUAUCCAAUCGACGUGAUAAAAUCUCGGAUCCAAGCUGAUCAAAAUGGCCGCUACAAAGGCUCUAUUGACUGUCUGAAGAAAUCUGUGAGGGAAGAUGGCGUUAAGUGUCUCUUCCGUGGACUCAAUUCCACCAUUUUGAGAGCCUUUCCUACGAACGCUGUUACUUUUACGGUUGUUCACUGGACACUCAGGUUAUUUAAUUACGAAGAAAUAGUGAAAGAAGACUUGAAGGUUAAGGAGGAGAAAGGUAACAGUGACAAUUGUCGGCUGGUUAAAUUUUAUUUAAUGUUUGACACUAUUCUAGAUAAAAAUUUUAAUUUAUGCACAGGCGUCAAUAUUUGUCAUGAUAAUUAUUACUAUUUGAGGAAAAAUGAUUAUGAAGAAAAUUACAAUGAUUAUAAGGAUAAGUUUGUGAGAUGUUUGUAAAACAGAUCCAAAUUUUUAUACAGUAUUGUACUUUUUUAAUUUUACGAAUUUUUUACAGGUUUAAAUAUUAAUUUUUUUUUAUUGAGGAG